AUGGAUACUGAAACGGUGGAUGAGUUGAUCCAACGCCACAAAAAGGAAAACAAGGAUCUCAUCGCGACAAUUACAGGGUUGAAGAAGCAAGCAACGAAAAAGACAAGAAAGUCAGUCUUGAGUAAAUGUCAGGAACUUGAGGACAAUUUGAAGAAGAAGCAUGCUAAGGAAUUGGCGCUGUUAGAAAACCCUGACGAACAAACAGGCGCACAAGAAGAAUUGACACCAGAACAAUUGCUAGCGCAACUCUCAGUAGAAAAGGAAGUGGAAGCUCCCGCUGAAGAGUCUACUAACGAAAUGCUGUCUCAAAGUCAAUCUCAACCAGGGCCAAAGAGGCGAAAUCGUCAAAAAGAAAGAUUAGCUAAACGUAAAGCUGAAAUUGAACGAAUGCAAACUGAAGCAAGAGAGGAAACAGCCAACUCAAUCGAUUAUAGACAGAUGGAGGUAGACUCAAUGAACCAACUACUUGCUAUUAACGACUUGAAAUUGUACGAAAUCAAACCUGAUGGCCAUUGUCUUUUCGCAUCGAUUCAAGACCAAUUGCAGCAACGUCACCAUAUCGACAAAACCAUACAAGAGUUGCGUGAUCUUUCAGCUGAAUAUAUACUAUCACACAGAGAUGACUUUGUACCGUUCUUAUUUGAUGAACAGACGUGUGAAAUUCGAGAUGUUGAUGAUUAUUGCCGUGAGUUGACAUCGACCGCAAUGUGGGGAUCCGAUAUGGAGAUCCUUGCGUUGGCCAAGGUGUUUAAUUGUUGUAUUGCUAUUCAUAUGGCUGGAGCAGCGACGUUGAAGAUCAAUGAAGAGGCAAAUGCAAAUGUUGAAACUAAUGAGGAUGAUGUUUAUGGCAAGCAGCAGCCAGAGUUGCAAUUGGGAUACUAUAAGCAUUCUUAUGGAUUGGGGGAACAUUACAACUCAUUGAGAGAUGCGUAA